UCCGGUGCUCGUUGGGUGCGGACGGUGGAAUCAUGAGCUCCGUAGGAGCGUUUCCAACGGCCGGUUUCGGCCGCGGUUUUUCUGCUUAUGACGUUCCCCAAGACUACAAGAUUCUUCUGCCACCCCUGACUUCAGGUACCGCUUCUUUGAACUCUGUUUUUCUUCACUGUGACGUGUCUGAGCGGCCAUAUCGACUCGACGAUUUUCGUAACGAGAUAGCGCGGCUCGCCGUGCUCAAGGACAUUGCAGCGUUCGGCGCGUUUCACAUGAAUCAUGUGUGGAUGCUUACGUUUCACUCUUCAGCUGCAAAACAGAAGCUCGUGAAGGAAAAACAACUUAAAAUUAAGGGGAAACUUUGCCUCGUCAUCGAUCCGGACACCAGCGACGUGAGCCUCAAGCUUCACUGGGUGCCGUUUCACGUGCCUGAUGAAUCCGUCCGGAGGGCUCUCGAACCCUACGGGAAAGUGCUAGAAGUUGCGCGAGACAAAGUGCGCUCAGGUUUUUUUGCGGGGAUAGAGACGAAGACAAGGCUCGUUCGCAUGACGUUGAAAGAUGGUGUGACCAGGGAGAGCCUCCCGCAUCAGUUGAAAAUGCCCGGAGCGAGCGCGCUGGUUCUGGUGCCGGGUCGAGCGCCGUUGUGCCUCAGAUGCAAGAAGACUGGGCACAUUCGCAAGGAUUGCCGAGCUCCCCGCUGCCUGGAGUGUAAUCGCUACGGGCACGAAGCCUCCGACUGUGUGCGCACGUAUGCGUCAGUCACUAACGCGGAGGUACCGGAAGAAGUUAGCGACCACAUCAUGGAAGCGGAUGAAGCAGAGGCAACCUAUGGCACCGACAUUGCUAGCACUUCAGCUGACCCACUGCCACUGACAGCGACUGACACAGCAGAGCAAUCACCAGUAGAAGCAGCCCAGGGAAGGCAAGACGGCACGGACACCGAGGGCCCAGUCUCAGGAGUGCUCACACCAGGCAACCCCAGCCGCAAGGAACACUCCUCGGGAAAUUUGGAGUUCAACGAAGAAACAACUGCACCAGAAAGCACGGCCACCUCAGUGCAAGAAGUCGACACUGCCAGCGCUGUGGAACAAUCCCAAGCAGACGCAAGGGACGGCCUCCCCGGACCAGAGCUCUGUGACUGGUCUGCCUGCAGUCAAAUCCCCGACAAACCAUCACGCUGUGAGUUGAAGUGGAAAGACACCGCUUUGCGAAAGAGCAGAUUCGACCCAAAGCCCAGAAACACCCCGGACGACCGCACGCGAGGUCACUCGAAACAGUAAGCCUUUCUCCUUUAUUCUUUCACCUCGCCGUAGAUUUAAAUGCGAGGGCCGCUCAAAGUAGCCACAUUCAAUUGUGUCAGCUUGAUAGCACGGAAACGCAAACAGUGGCUCCUAAACCUACUAUUGAAGGAACGGGUUGACAUAGCGUUUUUACAAGAGACUAAGCUAUCAGGCGAAAAGCACAAUGAAGAUAUGCUAUCUUUUUUUGAGCGACACUUUCUUUUUGUUUAUUCGAAAGCCGUCGGAUACAGUGCUGGCACAGCGUUCCUUCUUCGAAAAGAUAAGGGUUUCCAAAUCGCUCCGGAAUGGGAAACCGACCAAAGCGGCCGUAUUUGCUCCAUCGAUGUUAUACAUGACGAUGCGCUUGUAAAACUAGUGGCAGUGCACGCGCCAAAUGAAGCUGCGGACCGCAAGGACUUUUUCAAGAACUUGCGGCAAUAUUUAGAUACGCCAUGCCCCACCAUUCUGGCAGGCGACUUUAACUGUGUGCUGAGUGGUAAAGACUCUUCAAAUGGCCUUCUGUCGGACUCCAGCCGUGUGGAGCUGCGUAAGCUGCUGCGUGAUUACGAUUUGCACGACGCAACAGAGUCCAUUUCGGCAGCUGUGCCGGGCUUCACACAUUGGCAGGCGAGCUCGCACGCAAGGAUCGACCGGGUCUACGUGUCCAGCGAACUGGAAGCCUCAUUAGACGGUUAUGAAGCGCUGCCCGUUGCCUUCUCCGAUCACGCGCUCGUAAUCGUGCGUCUGGGAAAACACACCAAAUCGCGGCGGUAUAGGUCCGACUGGAAAAACUGGAAAAUGAACGACAGCUUGACAGAGGAUGAGGAGCUGAACAAUAAAAUUAAGGAUCUCAUUACGCAAGCAGCUGGAUUACAACAUGUGGACGCUGCUAGUUGGGAACAGAUGAAAAUAAGCCUAAAAAUGGAGAUUAUACAACACAGCCAAAUGAAGGCGCGUGAACGAAAAAAAGAUCGAAGCUCACUUACAAGAUGCCUUAAGCGUUUAAUUGAAGAAGAAAACGUGUCCCCUGGACUCUUUACGGAAGACAUCC